AAAGGAGAAAGAAAGGUUACCAUCUUUUUCAGCUCCCAGUGUCUGUUUUCACCGUUUCAGUAUAAUUUUCCCAGACCACAACCAAAACAAUGAAGAUUAUCCCUCUAAUUCUGAUGGGUUGUGGAGGUGUGGGACGCCAACUCCUCCAACACAUUAUUUCCUGCAGAUCCCUUCACUCCAGCCUCGGAGUUCAUUUACGAGUUGUGGGAGUGUCUGAUAGUAAAUCAUUAGUUAUUGCAUCAGAUGUCACACAAAAAGAGUUGGAUGAUGACAUUUUAGCUGAAGUUUAUAGGGUCAAGUCGGUUGGUUCUUCUUUGUCAACACUUACUAGCUUAGGUGAGUCUCAAGUGUUCUCCAGUCCAGAAUCAAGAACAAAAGUGCUAGAUAUUGCAUCAAUACUUGGAAAAUCAACAGGUUUAGCCCUUGUGGAUUGCACAGCCAGUUCGGAAACUAUUGGAGUACUAAAGGGAGGGGUAGACUUGGGUUGCUGCAUUGUUAUGGCAAACAAAAAGCCUCUGACAUCCACAUUGGAGGAUUAUGACAAAUUGGUUUCACAUCCACGACGCCUACGGCAUGAGUCAACUGUCGGUGCUGGUCUUCCAGUCAUAUCAUCAAUAAAUCGCAUAAUUUCGUCUGGAGACCCCAUCCAUCGCAUUGUUGGAAGUUUGAGCGGAACAUUGGGUUACGUAAUGAGUGAGGUGGAAGACGGCAAGCCAUUGAGCCAAGUUGUUAAAUCUGCUAAAAGCUUGGGAUACACUGAACCAGAUCCACGAGAUGACCUUAGUGGUAUGGAUGUUGCGAGGAAGGCUUUGAUCCUUGCCCGACUUUUAGGGAGGUGCAUUGACUUGGGUAGCAUAAGGAUUGAGAGCUUGUAUCCAGAAGACAUGGGACCUAAUAAGAUGUCUGUUGAAGAUUUUUUGAAUGGCGGGCUUGUAAAGCUUGAUAACAAUAUCGAAGACAGAGUUAAACAAGCUUCACUCAAUGGGAAUGUCCUCCGUUAUGUCUGCGUGAUAGAAGGCUCAAGAUGUGACGUCGGAAUUCAAGAACUUCCCAAAAAUUCUGCUUUGGGAAGAUUGAGAGGAAGUGACAAUGUGCUAGAAAUAUAUAGUCGAUGUUAUAGCGAACAACCUCUAGUUAUUCAAGGCGCGGGAGCUGGGAAUGAUACUACCGCAGCUGGUGUGCUUGCUGAUAUCCUUGACAUUCAGGAUCUAUUUACCUGAAAGAAAUCCGGUUCAUCAACUUCACAACUCGAGUUGCCAAGCAUUUCCGAAUGUCGAAUAAUUUUGUUCGGGAGCAAGUGUACUGAUUGUUUGUUGGGAUGUUCCAUGGUAAACAAUGUCCAAACCUACAGUUUGGUUGAAGAAC